UACUAUAAGAGGAGACUAUCUUAUUUCUUAUUUAAUAAUAACAUAAUACAAAUAACCCAUGAUUUUCAUAUGACCCCUUUUAUUAAUCUAAGAUGAGUAAGCUCUCAGUCGUCCACGUUUAAGCAUAUAUCAUCCUCUCACAGGCAUUUAGGAACCACCCAUUCCUUCAAAUGGCAAAGAUCCAUCCACUUUCUAUCCUUCCUUCUUCUUGUUCAUCUUCAUCUUCUGACUACAUGACUUUGGAAAGCGAAGUUUUUACCAUAUGGAUGAAAUCGCUCGUCUUCAACGGCAAUGGUUGCACCGUCUAUGACUCCAACGGUCAGAUCGUUUACCGCAUCGACAAUUAUAAUCACAAGUGUGGAAAUGAAGUUUAUCUCAUGGACCUUAGAGGCAAAGUUCUACUCACCAUUCGCAGAAAGAAACACCGAAUUUUUGGAUGUUGGGAAGGUUACAAGUGCAAUGGUUCCAAUGAAGAGAAGCCAUGGUUUAAAGUAAGAAAACCAUGGCGGAUUCUUAAAGGAGACUCACCAUGUGAAGUUAGCCUUGGGUGGGAUAAAGAUCAACCAAUCUCCUAUAGAAUAGAGGGUUUGGAUGGCAGAUCAGCAUGCAAGAUAGUAGACCAAAAUGGAGGACUAGUUGCAGAGGUAAAGCAAAAGCAUUCAACCUCAGGAGUUGUAUUGGGAGAUGAUGUCUUGAGCUUGGUGGUGGAGCCCAAUAUAGACCAUUCCCUUAUCAUGGGCCUUAUGGUGGUGCAUGGACUAAUCAAUCAAUGCAUGUGAAAGCAUCUCAUCCUUGAAGACAACCCUUGGAGUUCCUCCAAUGAAUGUGAUUGCUCCCCACUGUGGAUGUGUGGAAGUGUGUAUCGCUUCUUCUCCAAUGUGAGACUUGAGUUGAAGGCCCUGGACAUUUUACAUGGGCAUACAAGGAUUUGGAGACAUUUCUAAUCUAUGUGACUACACAUGGGAUCUAGCCCAUGGCUCAAUGGGCCAGUGCCUCAUGUUCAAAUUUUGGACUUGUGGGUCCCAUCGUCACGAGAUCGUAAGAUGAUUAUUGGUUCUAAUCUCACACUAUGGCCUCAAAUGCUAAGAAAUUCUAUCACAUGAAGGAAUAGAAAUAUAGAAUGCUAGGCAUGCAAAUUGUAAUAUAGGUGAAUGGCUGACUUUUAUAAACAAGAGUUACUAAGCUGAAAGCCAUUUGAUCAAUGCAAAUAUGUAACAUUUCUGUAUGCUUUAUUCAAUUCUAAUAAAUCAAGCUUAGUAUCUAAAUUACCUUUGAGAAUUUAUUCUCACUAAAAAGACUUCCAUGGUACUAAUUCUUUAUAAUGAUCAAUCCGAUUUCAAAUUCUAAGGAAACAAUCGAGAUGGGCGUCUAUGGGUGUCUUGGUCUUCCAAGGCAAAGGAAAAACAACCAAACAGAACCACUUCACAACUGAGAAUUUCAUCAAUUUGCUUCUUUUUCUUCUUUGAUUCUUUUGUUUGUAGAAGUAACUUUUUUUUUUUUAUCACACAUGUUUGGUUUCCACUUAAA